AUGCUAGGCGGAUAUUCCCGGCUUGGGGACGCGCGGAAAACCGCGCGCCUCUUCCAGCUCAUGCCCGAGCGCGACAUCCUCUCCUGGACGGCACUGCUCACAGCCCACGCGUACGGUAGGAAUAUCUAUGAAUGCCGGAGGAUCUUCAGCGAGAUGCCGUAUCACGACACGGCAUCCGAGGCCUCGAUGCUAGGGGCAUAUGCGCUGGCCGGGAAUCUGGAAGACGCCCAGCGCUUCUUUGCCGGCAUGGGCGUACGGAACGUGGUGGCGUGGACGUGCCUGGUUGGAGCGUACGCCAGGGCCGGGCGCUUCCAGGGAGCGUUGGAUGUGUUCCGUACGAUGGUACUGGACGGCAUCCGGCCCAACGAGAUCUCCCUGUGCUGCGUGCUGCUGGGAUGCAGCCACGGCGGCAUGGUAUCGGACGGCUGGGACUGCUUUAGAUCGAUGGCUGGGGAUCACGGGCUGAGGCCUCUCAAGGAGCACUAUGGUUGCAUGGUGGAUUUGUUAAGUAGAGCCGGGCAUUUGCGAGAUGCCCAAGAUCUAGUCUGGAAUAUGCCCUUUAUCCCUGACGAGGUGGAGUGGACUUCCUUGUUAGGUAAGUAG